AUGAACCCCCCCGAAACCCCUGAUAGCGAUGCGCCGAGUCCUCCCUCCGCGCAACAUGCGCUCGGAAUCCCGCGCCCUCCUUCUGUCGGAGGGAUCUCGUCUCGAGUGACAGAUAUGUCGGACGAUGGAGAGAACUCGCAGACUUGGACCGGAGGGUCGCAGACCUACACCGGAGGUGCACCGUCGCAGCCGCCUCGUUCGCUACCGUCCGUCUCUCGACGAGCACCACCCCCUGCGAGAAGCUCGGUCAUUACGUCGAUCAGCCAGGCGACGACCAAUCGACCAGAAAGCUCCGGCAGCAGAUUGAGCCGGACCCAUAUCCCGUCAUUGGCUGCGCAGGGCUUUUUCCGACCCAUGUCGUCCCAGCGUCUUCAAGCCCACCGAGGCCGCCCUGUCACAAAAGGUGCCACGGAUUCAUCAGUAGGGGAUUGGGACGACGAUGCAACGCAGAACAGAACGAGUUUAGUGUCUAAUAGCACGAUUCCGCAAAGCCCCAUCCCGCAGGAGGCUCCGCCGUCUCGAGGAACCGAAUUCACCGACCCCAUCAUUCCAGACCGGAAUACGUCCAACGCCAGUCCGACCGGCAAUACCACCGCCAGAAGUCUGGGUGAGAGUGCAAGACUGCUGCACGAGCGAGAUCGAGCGAAUCGGCCCACUCCAGCGCAUCUCAAUCUUAAUCUGGCGGCCAACUACAACAACACGAAUAACCAUGAGACUCCGCCCAGAUCCUCCUUGUCAUUUCUCUCCCUGCAGAACAGAAGCUUGCGGCCAGAGCAUCGUGAUGGGCGAGCUCAUGAGCGACUGUCUUCGGCUGGCUCCUCGCCUGGGUCUCUCGACAAACAGAGCCGAACAGUAAACAAGGGCAGCCAGGGCAAGAACUAUGAGUAUUUCACCGGAAAUACCCUCUUUUGCGGUGGUGGAAGACUUCAGAAUUCUCGCGAUAAACCGGUCAAUAUUGCAACCGGCAUUUUUGUGGUUGCGCCUUCAGCGCUGUUCUUCGCAUUUUCGGCCCCAUGGCUUUGGCAUCACAUCUCUCCGGCCAUCCCUAUCUUAUUCGCUUAUCUGUUCUUCGUGUGUUUCUCGUCCUUCAUUCACGCUUCGGUCGUUGAUCCUGGUAUUAUUCCGCGAAAUCUGCAGCCAAUGCCUCCGCCGGAGUCGGAUGACCCGUUAACGAUAGGGCCACCGACGAACGACUGGGUAAUGGUUAAGCUGGCAACGUCCGAAGUCGCGGCGAUGGAUGUGCCGGUGAAAUACUGCAAAACGUGCAGCAUCUGGCGUCCUCCUCGCUGCUACCAUUGCCGUGUUUGCGAUAACUGCGUCGAGACUCUGGACCAUCACUGUGUCUGGCUCAACAACUGUGUCGGUCGCCGGAACUACCGAUAUUUCUUCACCUUUGUCAGCUCGUCCACGCUGCUUGCCCUCUUCUUGCUCGGUGCUAGUCUCGCCCAUGUCCUUGUUUAUAGGUCGCAGGAGGCCAUCUCCUUUGGCACGGCAAUCAACAAGUUGAGGGUUCCGUGGGCAAUGGUCAUUUACGGGGCGGUCGCUGCCCCGUAUCCGGCCUCACUCUGGGCCUAUCAUUUCUUCCUGGUUGGGCGUGGCGAGACUACAAGGGAGUAUCUGAAUUCUCACAAAUUCGCCAAAGCUGACCGGCAUCGGCCGUUCACGCAAGGCAAUAUCCUCGCCAAUUGGAUCGCGGUCUUUGCUAGACCUCGUCCGCCCACGUAUAUGCAGUUCAAGAAACCAUAUACUGAAGGGGACCAGCGUCUGAGCACUAUGAAACGGAAAUAUCUUCCUCGAGACGUGGAGGCUCAGGCCGACAUAGAAAUGCAGCAUGUUCCUUCUAGCCAGCAGCAGAAUUAG